AUGGAUCAGAGAGCUGUCACUGCCACUGGUCUGUCAAGGUCUCUGAUGAUGGAGGCCAGUGGCGGAGAAGAACUUUGCUUUCCACAACUUCUCAACACCUCCUGUAGAAAGCCAACAAUUUCGUGGGUCAUAGCCGUAUUUCUGCAGUUUCUGCUCUUUUUUAACAGUGUGUCCACUGUGACGCUCAAUCUGUUUGUUAUCAUCUCAGUCUCCCACUUCAGGCAGCUUCACAAAACCACCAACUUCCUGCUCCUGUCUCUGGCCAUCUCAGACUUGAUGGUAGGUCUUGUUUUUUUUCCAGGUGAAAGUGUCAGACUAACAACUUGCUGGUUGUUUGGUGAUAUUAUGUGUUUAAUGUACAUUUACAUUAUAAGUCUUAUCGUCUCUGCCUCAGUGGGAAAUAUAGUACUGAUAUCUGUUGACCGCUAUGUGGCCAUCUGUGACCCUCUGCAUUAUCACAGCAGAAUCACUGUGACAAGAACACAAUUAUGUAUCUGUCUAUGCUGGCUUUAUUCAGCUUUCUACAGCAUUACAUUUGUGGGGGAUGGCAUCAGUGAAAAAAAGAUUCUAUGCCAUGGACAAUGUGUGUUGUUUAACUAUUAUGCUUUUGUUAUCGAUCUUGUUUUAUCGUUUACUGUCCCAGUUACUGUCAUCAUAGUUCUCUACAGCAAAGUAUUUGUAAUGGCAGUUUUUCAGGCUCGAGCCAUCCGCUCUCGUGUUACAGCUAUUUCCCUGCAGCGUACAGUGACAGGAAGGAAAUCCGAACUAAAAGCAGCCAGGACUCUUGGCAUUUUAGUGCUUGUGUUUCUAAUGUGUUUCUGUCCAUUUUACUUUGCUGCUCUUGGAGGUGACAUCUCAUUUAACACAUCUGCCACUGUGCUCUGUCUUUUCAGCAUUAACUCUUGCCUUAACCCUUUGAUCUAUGCUAUAUUUUAUCCCUGGUUCAGAAAAGCAAUUAAACACAUUGUGACCCUAAAUAUAUUACAGUCUGGUUCCAGUAAGGCCAACAUUCUGUAG